CGCGGUGCAGGAGCCGCUGCUGGAGAUCCAUAGGAGUCUCCUGCAGUGCGAUUGCUCAGUAACACAGCACAGAUCCGAGAGAAAACAAAGCAGCGGAAAGCUCUCACACACUUGCUGAGAAAAGAAAUCGUCUCCGGGAUUUGUGGUGUGUUACUUGACAGAGAAGUUCAUUUUGUUUACCUUAAAGUGACUAGUCUGGAAAACCUUUCGAUGUAACGGGAAUUUAAGACAAAGAAUCUAUUCAGACCAGACAGGCCAGGAGAGCGUAUCGGAGAGUGACUGAGAUGGAAAUCAGGCACAGAGAUCUGAGCCGGGCAGUCACAAGGCAGGUACUGUUGUUUCCCUUUGUAUUCUCUUUGUUCUGCCGGGCGGUCUCGGAGCAGAUUCGUUAUUCGAUUCCGGAGGAAAUGGCCAAAGGUUCCCUUGUGGGGAAUCUCGCCAAAGAUUUGGGGUUGGAUGUCAGAGAAUUGCAGCAGCGGAAGCUCCGUGUCAGUUCGGAAAAGCAAUAUUUCAGUGUGAAUGAGGGAAAUGGCAACCUGUAUGUGAAUGGCAGGAUAGACCGGGAGGAAAUAUGCGGGGAGACACCCCUUUGUGUCCUGACAUUCGAAACGGUGGUUGAAAAUCCUUUAAAUAUUUAUCAUGUGAACAUCGAAAUACGGGACAUUAAUGAUAACGCCCCGCGGUUCAAAAGAAACAGCGUUGAUUUAGAAAUCAGUGAAUCGACACUAUCAGGCGCGCGAUUCCCAGUAGAAUCUGCACAAGAUCCAGACGUUGGAAUCAACUCGCUGCAGAGUUACCAGCUCAGUAAAAACCCCCAUUUUAUCCUAUCCGUGAAGGAGACCCCAGAUGGCAUUAAGCAUGCGGAAAUAAUUUUAGAAAAACCUUUAGAUCGGGAGCAACAAAGUUCUCAUCACUUGAUUCUGACGGCUGUGGAUGGGGGAGAUCCAUUUAGAUCGGGGACAGUUACCAUUAACUUUAAAAUUUCUGACGCCAAUGACAAUCCUCCAAUAUUCACUGAAGAGAUCUACAAGGUCAGACUGAGGGAAAAUCUACCAAAAGACUCCUUUGUUCUUCAGGUGAAAGCCAUGGAUAAGGAUGAAGGGUUGAAUGCAAAGAUCACCUACACCUUCAGCGACAUACAAGACACAGGGCGCCAAUUAUUCAGCCUAGACCCAGAGAAAGGAGACAUUACAAGUACAGAGCUUCUGGAUUUUGAAAAGAAAAAUAAAUACAUGUUGGGGAUAGAAGCCAGAGAUGGCGGUGAUCUGAUAGGUCACUGCAAAGUAGAGAUCGAAAUUAUUGACGAGAACGACAACGCCCCAGAAGUGACUGUAACAUCCAUGUCCAGUCCUAUCUCCGAAGACUCAGUGCCCAGGACCGUGAUAGCUUUGAUCAAAGUCUAUGACCGAGAUGCCGGUGAAAAUGGAGACGUCACCUGUCAUCUUCAGCACAACUUGCCUUUUAAAAUAGUGUCGUCCUCUAAUAAUUAUCACAAAAUUCUCACAGACAGCACCCUGGACAGGGAGAGAACCCCGGAGUACAAUAUCACAAUCAUAGCCACAGACAAAGGCUCUCCCCCUCUCUCCACCCAGAAAACCAUCCUGUUGCAGAUCUCGGAUAUCAAUGACAACGCCCCUGUCUUUCAAAAACCUUCCUACACCGCCUAUGUGCCAGAGAACAAUCCCUCGGGGGCCUCUGUUUUCAGUGUAAAAGCCUCAGACCGGGAUCUGGACCGGAACGCCCGACUCACUUACUCC